GAGAUCAUAAGAAUGAUGCUCACUUCGCUCUCUCAUGGUUCCACCAAUGUCUAUUCCACUCCAUCAAUCUUUCCCAUCUCUCCUCCCCUUCUCUCUUCUUCAUCUUCUUCCUUUUUGUCCCUUGAGCCAUCUUCUCACCGUGUCGCUCUGCAUGUCUACAGCAAUGACCGUUUGAGGAUCACCCACAAGUCCAAUGGACUGAAGUUGAGUUGUUCUUCAAAGGAGCCUCCUUUGAAAGUCAUGAUCUCCGGUGCACCGGCUUCUGGGAAAGGAACGCAGUGUGAAUUGAUUGUCAAGAAGUUUGGAUUGGUACACAUAUCAACAGGGGACCUUCUAAGAGCUGAAGUGUCAUCUGGGACUGAGAUUGGGAACAAAGCCAAAGAGUUCAUGAAUGCUGGCAAGUUGGUUCCUGAUGAAAUCGUCACAGCUAUGGUGACGUCACGAUUAUCACGCGAAGAUGCAAAAGAAAAAGGGUGGCUUCUGGAUGGAUAUCCGCGAAGUUUUAGCCAAGCACAAAGUCUGCAAAGUUUGAAGAUCAUACCAGAUGUUUACAUUGUCUUAGAUGUUCCUGAUGAAAUUCUAAUCGACAGAUGUGUUGGAAGGAGGCUAGACCCAGUUACGAAGAAGAUUUACCAUAUCAGAAAUUUCCCACCAGAGACUGAGGAAAUUAAAGCAAGACUUACUACCCGGCCUGAUGACACCGAGGAAAAAGUGAAGGCACGUCUUGAAAUAUACAAGAAAAAUGCAGAUGCAAUCUUAUCCACUUACUCAAACAUAAUGAAAAGGAUUGAUGGAAACCAUCCUAAAGAAGUAAUUUUUGGAGAAAUAGACUCUAUUCUGACUCAAGUGCUGAAUGCUAAAGAAAAGAAGAGGAAAUUAGGGAGUAGCUUAAGUCAGUCAUCUUUGGUCCAGGAUAACUGGAGGGGAAUUCCUACUAAAUUGAAUAACAUCCCACACUCUAGAGACAUAAGGAACUAUUUUUAUGAUGAUGUACUGCAAGCAACCAAAAGAUCUAUAAAUGAUGGAGGAAUUCGAUUGAAGGUGGAGAUUAAUAUUCCAGAGCUGAACCCAGAAAUGGAUGUUUAUCGAAUAGGUACCUUAAUGGAACUGGUUCGAACUCUAGCUCUUUCAUUUGCUGAUGAUGGGAAAUCUGUCAAGGUUUGUGUUCAAGGCUCUAUGGGGGAAGGUGCCCUUGCCGGAAUGCCAUUGCAACUUGCUGGUACUCGACAGAUCUUAGAGUACAUGGACUGGGGUGAAUAUGGGGCUAUGGGAACGUUUAUCAAGAUCGGUGCUAUAGGUGCCAAACAUGUAGAUGAGACCGAUGACCUGUUUAUCUUAGUAGCCCCUCAGAAUGCUGUCGGGAAUUGUAUUAUUGAGGACCUGCAAGCAAUGACUGAUGCUGCUGGGGACCGACCAGUAAUUCUUGUCAAUCCUAGGCUCAAGGAUCUUCCUGCUUCAAGUGGAAUUAUGCAAACCAUGGGUCGUGACAAGAGGUUGAAGUAUGCUGCAACAUUUGAAAAUUGCUAUCUCUUCCGGCUUCUCUACUAUGCAGGAACCCAAUAUCCAAUUAUGGGUGCUCUCAGGAUGUCUUACCCUUACCGUUAUGAAUUGUACAAGAGGGUGAAUGACCCUUCUGGGAAGGAGAAGUAUGUAAUCUUGUCAACGUAUCCUCAAAAGCCAACUAUUGAUGAAGUGAACGAUGCUUUCGAAGGAAAGCCUAGAAAUGAAAAUAAGAAAGCUGUGGGAAUUUGGGGAUUCUUAAGUGGUAUAUUGCAAAACUGAAGGAAGGCAGGACAUAUUAUCAUUUAUCACAUGUCAGUAAAUCCUUCUCAUCGGAUCCCUGGCUGUGUUUUUUUUUCCGUACCGAGUAAAGAUCAAGAAACAUGCAGUAAAGGCUCUCUGGCAUCAAUAACUCUAAUGCUGCAAUCACGUACAUAAGACAG